GUGCCUCUUCUUCUCUCUUCCUCAUAUUUAUUACUCUCUCUUUCACAAACACACAGAAAAUAAAUAAAUAAAAUUAAUUAAUGUGAGAAAAUCAAUUCAAAAAUUUGGACAUACGUAUCAUCUGAGAGAAGAAGGGUUUGGUGAAUACCGGCGGGUGGAACCGACGGCGAUGGCGAAGACCGGUGUUUUCGAUUCGGAUCCGACGGCGAUUGCUAAAGCCAAGGAACUGAAGCGUGAGAUGAAGAAGUUGCUGAUUAAGAUCGAUGACGAAGAUGAUUUGGGUGUUCAGACGAUUGAUCAGUUACAGGACGCUUUGUCUGCGUUGAGAGAAGCGACGAUGAGGAAGAUGGCGAAAUCUUCCUCGUUAGAGAUGCUCGAGACUGUGUCUUGUCCUGAGGAGUUUCGUUGUCCUCUCUCUAAUGAGCUUAUGAGGGAUCCCGUCGUUUUGGCUUCUGGUCAGGUGACUGAAAAUUUUGGAUUUUUGGGGGAAUUUUGAUUGGCUUGAAACUUUUUCAUCUGUUUUCUCGACCCGACUGAGAGAAUCCGACUCAGGUUUCAUAAAGUUCUUGUUUUGUCGGUAGUUUCGGUAAUGAUUUUCGAAACGAUGAAAUCUGGAGAUUUUAUCAUGUAAAUGAAAAAAGUGAUUUUUAGAGGAUAAUUAUGUGUUCCUUAGCUUGUUUAAUAAAUCUGGAAAGCAUAUAACUAAAAAUUUAUAUAUUUGUGUGUGAUUUUGCAGACAUACGACAAGUUAUUUAUCCAGAAAUGGUUGAGCUCAGGGAACAGAACAUGUCCCAAGACUCAGCAAGUUCUGCCUCACACGGCUUUAACACCUAAUCUCUUAAUCCGUGAAAUGAUCUCGAAAUGGUGCAAGAAGAACGGGCUUGAGACGAAGAGCCAAUAUCAUCCCAACCUUGUAAAUGAAGAUGAAACUGUGACAAGAUCAGAUCGUGAGAUUUUCAAUUCCUUGCUCUGUAAAGUCUCUUCUUCGAACCUUCAAGAUCAAAAAUCAGCUGCCAAGGAGCUAAGACUUCUGACCAGGAAAGGCACUGAGUUCCGAGCUCUUUUUGGCGAAUCUCCGGAUGAGAUCACCAGGUUGGUGAAUCCCUUGUUACACGGGUCAAACCCAGAUGAGAAGCUUCAAGAAGAUGUGGUUACAACAUUGUUGAACAUAUCAAUACAUGAUGACAGCAACAAGAAGCUCGUCUGCGAAAAUCCUAAUGUGAUUCCUCUCCUUAUCGAUGCAUUGAGGCGUGGAACAGUCGCCACGAGAAGCAAUGCAGCUGCAGCGAUCUUCACUCUGUCAGCUCUCGAUUCAAACAAAGUACUUAUAGGGAAGUCCGGAAUCCUGAAACCGCUUAUCGAUCUCCUAGAAGAAGGGAAUCCAUUAGCUAUCAAAGACGUAGCUGCAGCGAUCUUCACUCUUUGUAUAGCCCAUGAGAACAGGAGUAGAGCUGUGAGAGACGGAGCUGUUAGGGUUUUAGGUAAGAAAAUCUCGAAUGGGUUGUACGUUGAUGAGCUUUUAGCUAUAUUGGCAAUGCUUGUUACUCACUGGAAGGCUGUGGAGGAAUUGGGUGAGCUCGGUGGGGUUUCAUGGUUGCUGAAGAUAACUCGAGAGAGCGAGUGCAAGCGAAACAAAGAGAAUGCGAUAGUGAUACUGCAUACUAUAUGUUUCAGCGACAGGACAAAGUGGAAGGAGAUCAAAGAAGAGGAGAAUGCUCAUGGAACGAUAACAAAGCUUUCGCGUGAAGGAACUUCAAGGGCGCAGAGGAAAGCAAACGGGAUAUUGGACAGACUGAGAAAAGCUAUGAAUCUCACUCAUACAGCCUGAGAAAAGCCUUGAAAUCUGCAAUGUAAAUUACCUAAAAUCUUGUUUCUUUUUUUUACUUUAUUUGGCUGUAAGAAUUUUUGUAAAUUAUUCAUAUCUUUAGGAUCUGAAUGGUUAUUGGUUUUCGUAUGUGAGAUGUAAGUAGAAAUCUGUGUGAAUAGUUUUUGCGUUUGAUGUUUCUGGAGAAAUCAAUCAAUAAAAUCAAUGUUGGUGGCUUUAUUCAGCUGUGAAAGCC